AUGUGGUCGCUCUUCUCACGUGAUCCGUCAAAGGAUUUCGCAUUCGAGGUGAAUGAUGCAGCCCAGCACUUGGAAGGCACCUUUUGGACGCUGCAUAAAGGCAAGAAGAAGGCAACUGGUGAGACAGUGUCCGUCUUUCGGUACGAGUUUAAGCCAAAUGAAGAGUCCUACUUGGAGGCGGCUAAAAAUGCCAUCAAGCGGCUGAAAACAUUAAGGCAUCCUUCCAUUCUAACGUACUUUGAUUCUCUUGAAACUGAAAAAUACCUCCUGGUUGUGACUGAAUGCGUUGAACCGUUGCAUGCUCAUCUAGAAAAUCAAAGCGGACUAACUACGCAGCAAAGAGAAUUCGCUAUAAGUUGGGGCGUUUUAGCCGUUUCCAAAGGACUUUGCUUUCUCAACAGCAGCAGUCUUAUUCACGGAAAUCUUGGUUUGCCCUCUAUAUUUGUCAACAAUGCAGGCGACUGGAAAAUAUCUAACUUUGAAUACCUUUCACAUGUCGACGAUUCAUUUCCAUACAAGACUUACUAUAAUCAUAAAAAGUACACUCCACCUGAGUUGUCUGAUGCUAAUCGAAAGCUUCAUAAGUAA